UGUGCUGUGGUUUAUCGGCUUUCUGUUUGUCCCAUGUAUUAUGUUGAACAUUUUGAACCUGAUAAUAAUGUUUUAUUAUUUUUUACAUCAUCUACAGUUAGGUCUAUCAAACCUGGUGCAACGUUUGUGAUCAGUUGAUAAUAUUUGUACAGAAUGAACACUGGCAAUUCAGUGUUGAACUUUUAUUUUUAACUCCUUUCUUUAAUCUCUAAAGGGGAUGCCAGUGUUUUACACCUCUAUGUGCUUCAUUCCACUGAUUAAAGGAGGAAAAACACCUUGACCCCAUAAAAUCUGGUCAGAACAAACUAUGAUGAUAAGAAACACAGAAUUGCCUCUCUAGGUAUUUCAAUUUCUGACAUAUUUAUUUUAUUAAAAAAAAGAAAAAAGCAUAAAUCUGAGUGGCCCAAGAAUCCAACCACAAUGCUUGGAAACAAGUGGGAAAAAAGGAGUAUUUGGUGCAAGUUGUAUUAAUAACUUCCUUCAGUAAAGUGGCGACAUUGACAAUGAAGGUGGUGAUCCAGAUAAUGCAAAAUUGCCAGUCUAGUCUGGGCCUGUCAGUUUUGCAUGAACAGUGCAUCAAAUUAGGAUGAUAAUGAUCUCCACAAAAGACCCAAUAAAUGCUGUAGAUGGGGAUUUGAUGUUGGAAAGAGGUAGAACACCUGCUUUCCAGCGUCUCUUGUGACUCAGGGAGUCUAUGAUUCCGUGACAGAACAAAGUGGUUUCUUCAUCUGGAUUUUCACUCCCCAGGAAUCUCAUUUUGGGGCCUGCGGGCAGCAAAGAGAAGAUACAUGGCCAUGGGAAGGAACAUCAACAUAACAACCGACUUCAUCCUUUUGGGAUUUUCAGAGCAGCCAGAGCUUCAGGCUUUCCUCUUUGUGUUGUUUCUGGGGAUCUAUUCUGUGACUCUGACUUGGAACCUGGGCCUUGUUGUCUUGAUCAGGAUGGAGUCAUGCCUGCACUCCCCCAUGUAUUUCUUCCUUGGAAACUUGUCCUUUGUUGACAUCUCAUACACGUCCUCCAUCACCCCCAAGAUGCUCUGUGACUUCUUCAAGCAGCAGAAGACCAUCUCCUUUGUGGGAUGUGCUACUCAGUUUUUCUUCUUCAUCAGCAUGGGGGCCACUGAAUGCUGUCUCCUGGCGGCCAUGGCAUAUGACCACUAUGCUGCUAUUUCCACCCCUCUGUUCUACGCAGCCUUCAUGUCACCCACCAUGUGUGUGGGGAUGGUCAUUACAGCAUACACUGGAGGGUUCCUCACGGGAUUGGUCCAAACCAGCUCCAUAUUCCAGCUGUAUUUCUGUGGUCCACGAGUCAUUAAACACUUUUUCUGUGACCUGCCACCUCUGCUAGUCUUGUCUUGUUCUAGUACCUUCCUCAGCCAGGUAGUGAACUUUCUUGUUGUGUGUGCAGUUGGUGGGACAUCAGCUCUUGUUGUCCUGGUGUCCUAUUGCUACAUCAUUGCUGCUGUCAUGAAGAUCCAUUCAACCCAAGGGCGGAUGAAGGCUUUCAACACCUGUGCCUCUCAUCUGACCACAGUGAUUCUCUUCUAUGGCUCUGGUCUCUUCUCAUAUCUCCAUUCUAGUGCUGGCUACUCACAGGACCAAGAGAAGGUGGUGUCCAUGCUCUAUGGAGCUGUGAUUCCCAUGCUGAAUCCCAUCAUAUACAGUUUGCGAAACAAGGAGAUCAAAGAUGCAUUGAAAAAACUCAAGAACCAGAAGAAGCAGAUGUUCCCUCUGUGUCUUAUGGUUCUCUAAGUUAAAAAAAAAUCUUAAAUUGGGGUACCUGGGUGGCUCAGUUGAUUAAACACCCAACUCUUGGUUUCAGCUCAGGUCGUGAUCUCACGAUCAUGUGAGUACAAG